UCCUGUCGGCAUUAAAUGCUGUCGCUGCUCAAUGGAGGUCACUCACUUGACAUCUCUGUCCGAUACGAACACAAGCAGCGGAACUACCACUGCAUGACCGCUAAGAUGAAACUUCUUCAAGAAACACGAGAGGCUAAGAUUAAUAGAAAGCUCCUCAAGCCACAAGUGGAGAGACGUCGCAGGGAACGAAUGAACCGUAGUCUGGAGGGCUUGAGACACCUCUUGCUUCAAGGCGUACAACAAGAGGGUGGCGCGCAGAGGCGAAUUGAGAAAGCGGAGAUUCUGGAGCACACGGUGUUCUUUCUGCGCAACGUCACAACCGAGGGAACAAGCAAUAGAGAAGGAUGCCAGUUGGGCAACAACGGCUUCAAAGACGGCGUCUCGGCCUGCAUGCAGAGAGCUGUGCGUUAUCUGGGCCAGCAGGAGGAGGGGCUGCGGCCAGAGGCCACGCUAGACGCAGCGCUCGUCGCUGGCUUCGUCUCCUCGCGCCCGGCGAGUCUCACGUACACCGCUAAACCGUGCUCCUCGUCGCCUCAAACGAACAAGUUGCUAUCCAUCCGCCAGCUGAUCAAGUCGAGGCACGGAGAGUCGACGCGAGGUGACCCAAUGGGUGAGGUGGCUGUGUCUCAUCGAUCGCCGGUUCAGCACGCUUCCCCCCCGCUGAGACCGAACCAAGCCGUGGCCCAGUCCCUCUCCCGGUCCGGUUCGUCGCUCUGGAGACCAUGGCCCUGAAACAUCGGGACCAAAACAUCAGAAGCCGAAAAAGAAAAUACUUGAACUUAAAAUGACUGCAAAUGCUGCUUUCCCAAAUCAAGAUUUAAUAUAUGCCGCCCGCGUUGUUUUUGACAGUUUGUCCAAAUGUCCCCAAAGUGUUGUAAACACUGGUCCCUUGGUUCAUGUUUGUAUUUGAUCGUACAUGUGCUACUAAUGUAAAGGGGUUAUACACUUUAUACAGCAUACGCUGUGUCUGCACAGGCCAAAUGUUUCAGUUGCCAUAUUUAUCAAUUUGCACAUAAUUUAUUUAUAAUGUUUACUUUGUCGAAGAAAAUAAAAUCAAAAAACUAACCAAAUGUCA